AGAGAGAGAGAGAGAGAGUGGCUUGGAGGAAUAUUUGUCGUGAGAACAGCUCACUCUCCUUCAUAUCUGCCAUGGCAGAGGAAAAUGCAUGCCGGAGCAACUCUGGUCCUUCUUGUGCUGGAGAAGAUGGUCAGCUUUUCGAGGCCAAGACUCCCCACUUCUUCAGGAUUGUUCGGUCCCAACACAUUCAGAGUGAAAAUCUUAAUGAGACAUUUGGACAGCAACACCGUGUUGUGGUGGAGUUAGGUGAUACUUUUUGGAGAGUAAUGAAGAUUCCAAUAAGAUUCGCCAGAAGAUUCGGAAAUAAUUUCUCCAACGUCGUGUGCCUCAAUAUGCCUAGUGGUGAUGUUUGGAAAAUGAAAUUGCGGAGGCAAAAAGAUGACUUUUGGCUACAAGAUGGUUGGUCAGACUUCGUCAAGCACUACUCAAUCGAAGACGGUUACUUCCUAGUCUUCAGAUAUGAAGGAAACUGUGUGUUUCAUGUGGUUGUAUGUGAUACGAGUGCUUCAGAAAUCACAUACCCUAUGGUUUGUAAAGCAAAUUGUGGAAAAUUCAAGCUUGGUGAUGAGCGUUUGUUGUCACAAGACGUGGAGGAAACCGAGGACAUGGUAAUUGAAAUAUCAGAUGAUGAUUCUCAGUCAUGCAGAUGUAAAAGGAGAGAAUCACCAUCAUCAACAAAAGUUCGAUCCCCGAAGAAGAAGAAGAAGAAAAAUUCACUGGCUGAUGAUGACGACUCUUUGUAUGAGCCAUCCAUGGAAACAAGCAGUUACAAUGGGUGUCCAGAAUGGACUAAUAGUUCGUACAAUGAAGGACCUCAAGUUAAAAAAGAUGAACAUGGUGAUGGACACAUCUCUGACGGUAAUAAUUGCCCGAAAUCGGUGCCGUGUUUGAGUAACCGACGGUUCAGAGUUGAAGAAGAGGUCGAAGUGCUUUCGAGGGCUGCUUCUUUUGAAACCACAAAUCCAUUUUUCAUAGUUCUUAUGCAACCAUCCUAUGUUCAGUGUCCGUACGCAUUGAAUAUACCAGCUGCAUUUUUCAUGACACACAUCUCUAAGACUAGCGGAAACGGUUUUAUGAAGCUACACGGCUCUAGCGGAAGGGUUUGGAUCGCCCGAUACCAUCUUGGGAUGUACAACGCCAAACCAAAAGUUAGGGCCCAAGGUGGUUGGAAAACAUUUGUGCUGGACAACAAACUGCAGAAGGGCGAUGCCUGCGUCUUUGAAUUGCUGACUUCUGGUAAAGCUUUGUUCAAGGUCGUCAUCUACAGAGGCAGUCAAUGCUCAAGUUGUGGUUGUUCAUCUUCUACGACGAGAAAUGAUACGGAGCCAAUCAAGAACCAAACCAAGGACCCAAUCAAGUAUCCGAUUGAAGAGAAGACGAAGGAAGCUCAACGGUCCGGGCGUGUACAACAGAGGCCUUCAGAUGCUCCAGCGGAGGCUCAAGUUAAAAGGGGCAGGGGGAGACCUAGAAAGACGCAGCUAUGCGACAAGAAGACCAAAGUGAUCGGGGCCCGAAACGAAAGGCGUCCGGGACGACCUAGAAGGGGAGAGAAGGUCAAAGAGAAGGCACGGUGAAUCUGUUCCAUGCCUUGAACAGAUCUUUAACAGAGGCAUCUAUCUCUGCUUCAAGUUUGUGGGAUGAGACAAGCGCAAAAGGUUUGUCCAUAACAGUUAUUAUACUGAAGGGCACUGCUAUUAAUGAAUAAGAGUGGCGCAAUUCGACAAUGCUCGCUGUGAUUUUAAGUAA